CACACAAACUCAUAACGCUCCGCGCGCUCUCUCAAGCCGGUUGUCAGUCCCCAAACCGGUUUGGAAGUGACAACAGUGAUACCAAAGUGCUGUGCCCCAGUGAACGUUUGAAUGGAUUGUUACGAAGUGGACAUGGAAGAUAAGCCGUACAGUGUUGAUUCUUCGGAUGAUAUCAACAUUGAGGAGGAGGAGGAACAUAUCGAGGAUAGCCACAGCUAUCCACCAGACUUCCCGAUCGAAGCGUUGGUGAAGCUAGAGCGGCCCUCUCCCCCUUUGCCAACCCCACCGCACACGCCCACCGACGACACGCCUCCCGCCGUCGUCAUCUCCCGCCACCAACCGGGGUGGACGCCACCCGCACCCCAGCAAUACGCUGCCUACCCUCGACCCGCCAUGCAGACCCCCUACCCCUACGAGAAAGCCCCAGUACCAACUUACCCACACCCAGCGAUGACGGCCUACGUCCAAGCCCAAGCGCAAGCCCAAGUCGCAACACUACCACCCUCAGCGCCCUACCACGCUAUGCUCGUCAACCAGUGGAUCAGGAACGCCGCUCUCUACCACCAUUCGCUAAGAUACCCAGGAGUCAUGGCGCAAAGAAUGCCCGGACGGAAUCCGCCACCGAUGAGGGCACCAGGCGUCCCCGGUGCGCGACCCAAGAAGCAGUUCAUUUGCAAGUACUGCAAUCGGCAGUUCACCAAGUCAUAUAAUUUGCUGAUCCACGAAAGGACGCAUACUGACGAGCGGCCGUAUUCCUGUGAUAUUUGCGGGAAGGCGUUUAGAAGACAGGAUCACCUUAGAGAUCAUAGGUAUAUCCACUCUAAGGAAAAGCCUUUCAAGUGCACGGAGUGCGGGAAAGGUUUCUGCCAAUCCCGGACUUUGGCAGUGCACAAGAUUUUGCACAUGGAAGAAUCUCCCCACAAGUGUCCGGUGUGCAACAAGAGUUUUAACCAAAGAUCGAACUUGAAGACCCAUUUGUUGACGCACAGUGAUGUGAGCAAGCACCACCUGGACCAUCUGGAAGGUUGCCAGGAAGUGUCAUCAACCAGUCAGGUCCCUGAGAGUUCUCUGUUGGAUCUCUCUCACAAACCUUCACCUCCACCAGCGCAGCACCAGAUCUUGGCGAGUCCUCACCAAUCCCCUGUAGAAGCACCCAAAAGAACGCUAGGAUUUUCAAUAGAGGACAUUAUGAAACGUUAAAACUUUAAGCCUUUUGGAUUGUAUAAAAUAGCUUUUAUGAUUCGUUACUUCUCUGAUGGAAUCCGUCGGAAUAUAGUAGAGAAAUGUUUCAAAAUCAAAGAUCAGUCUUAUAGUAUUUAUUAUUAUUUACCAAAGAUAUAUCUCAUCGACUGACUAGUAGAGUAUUCUGUCUCUGUCUUCUUUUGUGUCAUUAUUUAAUUCAUAGCAUUAUUUUGAUUGUAAUAGUAAUUCAUUGACCUCUUUGCCAAAUUACAAUGUACUUCAUACGGUACCAAACUACGGAGGCUGGUUACGAUUGAACGAUCUUUUUCAAGACUAAAAAGACUGAUGUUAUUGUUUUUAUUUUAAUUUUUAUUGUUAUGUUUUCCUAGAGGUUUAUUUAUUGUGAUAGAUUUUAAGCCUAAGUUUGUGGUUAACUAAAGUUACCGAAAAGUAUUACCUUUGUUUUAAAGUUUCAUCCAAAUUAGUGUAAGGCUUUUCAGACAAUGUUCAAAUUGAUAGAUGUAAAAGUAAUUUUAAUUUAUAAUAGCACAAUUCGAUUUAGUUAGUAGUAAUAUUCUGUACAUUCCUGUAAAUAUUAUGAUAGCUAAUAAGUCGACGAGGCUACUUAUAGAAAAAUAAAAACAA